ACGAACUCUGACUGUUUAUCUUACAGACCAAUGCUGAAAAAAGAGGCGCCGAGGCAUCCGCUGGGUUAAACAUUGAAACAUUUAAUACUGUGUAGAAAUGGACUGGCUUGGUUUAGUUGCCCCGCUCGUUGCUGAGCAUGCCAUCCUCACCUGAUUUACCUUAUAUAACUACUCCUCUACCCCAAUUGCAUAUUUCUGUGUCUGUGUCUGUGUUUAUGUUUCAAGUGAUACAAAAUGGCUGCAGCUGGUCAUAUCCGUCUUGGAACCGCCUCCCCAGGCACCCAAUCCUCCACCUCCGCUACCAUCGCCCUCAUCGGCACCCUCGCCCAGCGCGCAUCCUCAUCCCACAUCGACAUCCUCCUACUCCCCGAGGCCUUCAUCGGCGGGUAUCCCCGCGGCAGUUCCUUCGGCUGUGAGAUUGGUAAUCGCAGUGCAGAAGGACGCGAUGAAUUCGCUCGUUAUUUCGAUUCAGCCAUUGAUCUCGGCGAUACCGUUGGACCUGGCGGUGGUGGUGCGGGGAUCAAGUGGGUGAAGAGACAGCUUGGUGAGGAGGAUGAAGUCCGUGGUGAUGGCUCGCGGGAGGAACUAGAGCGCAUUGCGAAGGAUACGGAUGUUUUUAUCGUGGUGGGUUGUAUUGAGAAAGCUGGUGGGAGCUUGUAUUGCUCUGUUGUGUAUGUCUGUCCCAAGGGCGGUAUGCUUGGAAAGCGUCGCAAAGUCCUUCCUACUGGCUCUGAACGCCUCAUCUGGGCUCAAGGCUCCCCCAGCACGCUCCAAGCCGUAACAACCACCAUCCGCGGCAUUCGCAUCAACCUCGCCGCCGCAAUCUGCUGGGAGAACUACAUGCCCCUCCUGCGCCAAAGCCUCUACGCUCAAAACAUCAAUCUCUACCUCGCGCCUACAGCCGAUAACCGCGACGCAUGGCUCGGUCUCAUGCGAACAGUCGGUGUUGAAGGACGCUGUUUCGUCGUCAGCAGCAACAUGUGCGUUCCCAAGAGCACCACUUCCUCUGAAACAAACGGUGUGAGACAGCGUCGUGGGUCGUGUAUGACAGAGGAGGGAUUUGAGAUUGCGCUGCCGAAGUCGCCGAGUCGAAGAAGACGUAAGUCUGUUUUUGAUGAAGAUGGGAAUGAGAUUGUUUUGGGGUGUGAUGAUGAUGGUACGAACACUCGACCUCCUCCUGCGAAGAGCGCUGUUUCUUCUGGAAAAGCAGAGUUUCUUUCGCGUGGAGGUUCAUCGAUUGUUUCGCCGUUUGGAGAUGUCAUUGCUGGACCGCAGUGGGAGGAUCCUGAUGGGUUGAUCUUUGCGGAUGUUGAUUUCCGUGAUUGCAUCAGGGGCCGUCUUGAUCUUGAUGCCGCGGGGAGUUAUUCGCGAAACGAUGCGUUCAAGUUUAGUGUUGAGGGGUUGAACUUGGAUCCUCUUCCUUAUUGAGCAACGAUUGUAUGGAAAUAGUGUAUCAGAUUGUAAUGCUAACGCCUGCUUAUGCUAUGCUGUGCCAUGCCUUCUAUGGGUAUUCCUACGCCUCGCUGUCCGAAAUGUCAUUCAGUUACUUGGAUUCAUCACCUGGUGGUGUUCGUUGUCUUUGCUCCUCCAAGACCUUCCGCUCGGAAUCAACCUCCUUUCUCUGCCUUUCAAGCGCUGCUUGGGCGAGUACCUCUCGUCUACUCAUCCCAGCAGUAGAAUUGUUCUUAACUCCUCCCAGCACAAAUUCACCACCAGUCCAACCACCAAAGUCCUCAGGAUAAUCCUCCUCUUCCUCAUCACGUCCAGAAACAGUAUAUCGCGAUGUUUCGCCAAUCGUAUGUCCGCCUGAUUUCCAAUCCGCAGCGUCAACUUCUCUCUCGAUCUGAUGACACAAGUCCCAGAAGUUCCUGUCAUGCGGACCAUGAACAUUAUGCGCCAGUUCGUGGCACAAUGUCUUGCGAAUGGUUUUGUAAUCGCGAUAUCCAUCGUGCGCAUCUGUUCGUAAUCGUAGUUCGAUGACCUCGCCUUGAUUGCGAUUCAAUCCCAGAAUGCGACUUGUUCCCUCGUGUGUUGUCUGCGUAUGCGAAAGAGGUUCCAUCUCUGUAAGGAGACCAACAGCGAAUUUGUGUUUCGUCAUGGCAGCGCGAAUACCAGGGUCUUCCUUCAGUCGCAGAAGAAGUUUCUGGCUGCGGUCUGGGUUCGGCAGGCCUUGGAGUGGUCGGACUUGAAGAAAUGUAUAUUGCGAGUCUUGUGGAUUUCGGCGCGUCGUCGUCGCAUGACGUGCUUUACUCCUCUGCGCCAUCCUCGCAGCAUUGCGCUUCGCAACGCGCUCGGCCAUAUCCUGCACCUGCUGAAUCUCCGCAGCGCCAGAGCCCAUGAGCGUCAAAUGCUUGCCCUUGAGGUCGAGGAGGGGCAUAUCGGGGUUCUUGAAGGGCGCUUUGAGGAGGGGAGUCUUUGGGGCGAUGAUCUUUUGGUUUGCGACGGGAAUAUCGAGACUCGCUUCAAUCUCGUUGAAAAGGUCUGUAAUCGUCGCAUCUUCGGGGAAUGAGAGUUCGUAAGUAACUUUUCGGUGUGUGAUUGAUAGUGUGAGCCAGGACUGCUCGCUGUCGGACAUGGGAGAGUCUGCCAUGUUUGUACAGCAGCGAAGUGGCGAUGGAUUCGUUGGAGACGUUAUUGUCACGGUUGUUGAAAGAAGUAUCUAAGUGUGGGUUUUGAGUUUGGGUUUGCGAUUGUAUGUAAAAUGACGUGAUGGUAAACGAUAAGAUGAUAUGGGGAGAUAUUUGUUUUAUAGGUGUAGAGUUGGUAAGCAAGAGGGCGAUUCUUUUUGUCGCGUAGAUUGAGUGAUGCUAUCGUGUUCGGGGACUUUCGGCGUCUGCUUUGUAAUACGUCACUUGCACUGCCUGGACGCCACCUCUAAGCAGACCGAAGGCACUGAAGAAUUUACAGUGAUGAUUAUGAGAUCGGAAAUAGUGAGUAUGGAAUUCUUGGCGAGUACCGAUAAGUCCGGCUUUAAAAUAAUUAGAAUUGAGUUUAUUAAAGCAUUGGAAAGAGAUUAAGUGUGGCGAUGGUUCUGAUUGCCCAUGAUUGUGGGAUGCCUCAAUUGGUAAUGAGCGGAAGUGUCUCUGAGGUUCUACAGCACAAUAACAACCACUGUAGUCAUUCCAAUGCCAAUGGGUAAUAAGACCAAU